AGGCCAAGGGAGGAACACGCCCACAUGACACUCUUCAGAGAUCCAACAUAAAGCAGUUCUGAGUUAUUUUGAAGUGUCACUGAGUCACCUUGUGAACCUGAGCUAACCUACCAAAAUCUAGGGUUUCACCAGCUGGCAACAACUCAAUAUCCCAAAUGAUGGCAGAUCACGGAGAAGCUUGUAAUGGGGAGGAGGCCACCUACUGCAUGAAUGGAGGGACAUGCUAUAAAAUACCCUCUAUGAAUUCACUCUCUUGUGUGUGCUAUCCAAACUACACAGGCAGCAGAUGUGAGAAUUUACGGCUUUUCAGCAGUUCCCCACUCGGCGAGAACGCUGGGUUAAUUGCAGCUGUUGUCAUUGUCGCUCUCCUCAUCUUACUGGCAUUGGCGGUUUUUAUCUACUACAUACGCAAGAUGUUGAAAGCCAGGCAACAGAGCCAACAGAGCCAACAGAACAGUCAGCCACAAUACUGGAAAGUCCAGAGUAUGAGAGUAUAAAAAUUUUUUUGUACAUUUUUUUCUUCCUUUGGCUGUGCGCUUAAUGGGAUGAUGAGAUAUUUGUCAUACUUGAGUGUGUUACACCUGCUGGACUUUGUGCCGUGACGAUAAAAGGCCAGGAGAAAAGAAAAAAAAAAAAACUGCAGUAAAAUUAACCUGCAAAACUCAAGGCAGUGAAAGAGCUGAAAGACGAAAUGGAAUUAGCCAUUUACAUACCAACAGGUGUGAGUGGGUGUUAUCCAAAUCAUACCUUGUGAAGUCAUCUUUUAACACAGCUAUUAAAUUACCACUGGCUUUAUUCAUAUUAAAUCACAUUUCAAUAUAUGUGCUUUGUCUGAGGUGUAUUUACAGAGCAUCAUUUGACUAAGUAAAAUGUUUUGUAGUAAUGUAAAAUAUUAUUAAUAUUUAAGUUAAUAUGAAAUAAACCUGUAUCCAUUAAUAAUUUAAUCCAAUCUACUGUUGGUAAAUGUUUUGUAAUAUUAAAUGAUUGUUUUGUGUCUUAACAGUG